AUGAACAUACAAACUCCAAUCAUCUCUCCAAUUGAUUGUCAUGGAAACCGAACAGGAAACCCUGUGAUGAGUUUACCAGUUGUGAACAAAUCCUGCCUGCAAAAUGAUGGCAAGCGAAUUGACGAGAAUAAGCUCAAAAAUUUGCAGAUGAAUGCCGAAGCAAGCAACAAACACCUCAUUCAAUUCAGCAGACAUAUGCUGUACCAAGGUGAUCAACUCUUGCAAAAUUUCGAAGAACAGAUCAGUCAGUGGAAAAGAGAAAAGUUGCAUAAGAAAAAACUGUUGUACAAGGAGUGGAUGGAGAAUAUAUACCAGCCAAUACAGGGAAGUUUAGACUGGGUGAUGAUGACUAACCGAAGACAAGAUAUUGAAAAUUGGAGAGACCAACUCUACGAACAUUUCCUUUGCCACACCAACCGAAGGGGGAAUGUUUUCCUGGAUGACGACGACCCAACAGUUUACCAGGCCGUCACAAACAACCCUCCCAAGUCCCUCUUACUACAAGUUCAUACAGGCCGACUGAAGGAUCCGCUGAAUUUUGACGAGAGGAAGCAUGUUCAGGAGCAAUCCCUUCUACACCAGCUGAACACUGGCCAUGUACCGAUCGCCCAUCAGAAACACCUCAUCAAGCGUCCACACGCCUGCGACAAGUCAUCCAGGAAAUGA